AUGGUACGACAAACAUCAUCUUAUAUUUUUAUUCUUAUAAAAAUCGUAUUUAUAUAUUUCAACAAAAUCAAUUGUAAAUCUGGAAGUCCUCAUUAUUCAUCAUCACGCACACUUAAUCAAGGAACUUCUGGUGGACACGGUUCAUUUUCUCGAAAUCAAGAAAAUCCAUGGUCUCAAGAUAUGAAUUCAUGUUUAAAAGUGCCUAGUAAGAGUGGUUCUACUGCAUCCGGUGCAUCUUCUUCAAAUCCACAACAAUACUCUCAAUCUAAUUUAAAUUAUUAUUAUUCUUCAUAUUAUAAUCUAGCUCUCAAUGAAUCCGAUUCAAUACCUGAUGAACAACGUUUAAUGGUACAAUUAUUAAGAAAUUAUGAUCCAUCAGCAAGACCUGUAUAUAAUGCAUCAAAUACUGUUAGUGUUGCUUUUGGCAUUUCUUUGACUCAACUAAGCGAUAUGGAUGAAAAAAAUCAAGUAUUAACAACAAAUAUAUGGCUCGAACAGGAAUGGUUUGAUCAACGUUUAGUAUGGAAUGCAUCGGAUUUUAAUGGUUUAUCAACGCUUCGUUUACCAUGCUCAAAAAUCUGGUUACCAGAUAUUGUUCUAUAUAAUUCAGCUGAUGAUUAUACUCAAGGGUUUUAUCAAAGUAAAGCUAUGGUAGAAAAUAAUGGACAUGUUUUUUGGCCGCCACCAGCUAAAUUUCGAUCAUCAUGUAAAAUUGAUGUCACUUAUUUUCCAUUCGAUGAUCAAUUAUGCAAAUUAAAAUUUGGUUCAUGGACAUACGAUGCAGCUCAAGUUAAUUUAACAAAACGACGUGAAAAUGUUGAUAUGAAUAAUUAUAUACGUUCAGGUGAAUGGCAUAUUCUUCAUAUUGAAAUGAAACGUAAUGAUGUUACUUAUCCAUGUUGUCCAGGAAUUUAUUAUCCUGAUGUAACAAUUUAUGUUCAUAUGCGUCGUCGUGUAUUAUAUUAUUUAUUUAAUAUAAUAUUUCCUUGUAUAUGGCUAUCAAUUCUUUCACUUCUUGGAUUUUGGCUUCCACCAGAUUCGGGAGAAAAAAUAACACUUGGUAUAACUGUUCUUCUUGCUUUUUCUGUUUUUAUGUUAUUAAUUGCUGAAUCAAUGCCAGCAACAAGUGAAAUGGUUCCACUUAUUGAAAUCUAUUUAACUGUUGUUAUGGCACUUACAUCAUUAUCAAUUGUAUUAACUGUUUAUGUUCUUCAAUUACAUCAUUCUGGUCCUGUUAUUAUUUCUAUUC